AUGCCCCGUCUAGAGGAACAAGGCUCUUCGAAUGGUCGUGGCGGCGGCAGAGGAGGAGGGGGAGGAGCAGGCAAAAAGAGCCACCACCACCACCACAACAAAAAUGGUUCGUUGCCCAGAGAAGUCCUCGUUUCAAAGGCCCUUUCUCGUCUCCUUCGACACGCCGCGGCUCAGGAACGCAUCCCCAUUGACAAUCACGGGUACGUGAGGAUGGACCAUUUGCUUGCGUGGCAGAAGUUGAAGAGCAUGCAGCCUCGCGUCACCUUUGAGGAGGUGGUUAACGUGGUGUUGAACAACGAGAAGAGGAGAUUUGCUCUGAAGUACGUCGGUGACGAUCUAGACCGGGAACCCGAACGGGCGCUGCAAGAGCAAGAGCAAGAGCAAGGACAGAGACAAGGACGACCAGACCACGACGCCGACACGGAGACCGAAGCCGAAACGGAAACGCAACGUGCAGUCUCACAGUACGACAAUCUCAAAAGGGCAAACGGAGGCCAGCUACCUGACGACACCGCUCACGCUCUUCAACGUUUCUUCAUCCGCGCCACGCAGGGACAUAGCAUGGCCGCGGUCGAGGCUGAGAAUCUACUCACGCCAAUCACGCUCGAUGACCCCAGUUCCGUUCCUGAGACGGUGGUUCACGGGACUUUUUACGGCGCCUGGGACGCCAUCCUCGUCAGUGGGGGGCUCAAGAAGAUGAGCAGGAACCAUGUCCAUUUCGCCACGGGUCCUAGUUUUCAAGAUGUCAUGGAGAGGGUUGGUGCUACCACUGUUGGCCACGGUGGCGCGACGGAAGACACCCCGGCAGACGGUAUCGACGGACACAGCACCAGCACCAGCGACAAAGGCAAAGGCAAAGGCAUAGGUAAAGAGGGAGGUGAAAGUGCCGCCUCGAGAGAGUUAAACCAGGUCCUGGGGAAGAAUAAAGUCAUCUCAGGCAUGCGCUCUGACGCCCAGAUUUUGGUGUACGUCGACAUACGGCGCGCUCUGGCUGAACGGCCGGAAAUGAAAUGGUGGAGGAGCGAGAAUGGAGUCGUUUUGACUGAUGGAGUAGGGGUGGCUGUCUCGAACUCCACCGCCGCCGCCAUCAAGAAUACCAGGGAUUCAAAGGAGGCUACUGACGGUGGUGGUGAUGGUGAUGACCGUGACGGGAAUGGGAUGGGGAAUGAACAACACGGUGGACCGCAAGACCACGACAACAAGGUGGUGCCGACGAUAUUCUUUUCUGCCGCCGUCGAGAUCAAGAAUGGGAUCGGCCUCCUGUACGAGAGUGGAAGGGGUGUCGUGAAUCAGUUACCUGAGCAGUUGAGGAGUAGAGGUGUACCCAGGGGUAAGGGCCGGGGUGGUAGAGGAGGAGGAGGAGGAGGAGGAGGAGGAGGAGGAGGAAGAGCAAGAGGGAGGUGA